UCUUUGUUAAAUUAUUAUAAUUUUGUUAAUAACUUGAAAUGGCAAGGUGAGUAGCCAACAUUUAUAACUCAUGAAACUACAAGUAACUUACUAAUCUCUAUAGGAAACUAAGACUCAUGUUUAUACAAAAAAUUCCUAAAUUAGGACCACAGAAUUCCUCUACAUGUAGUUCAAGAGCUGUUGUCUCAAGAAAAAGAUUGGGCAGGCGCUCUUCAGCCUCACCGUCCAAAUACCCUUCAGUUUUUAUAACUGUGAUUCUUCUGUGACUAGCCACUCUGGUUAGGUGCCAAUGUGGCAAUGGAGCUAUUGACGCAGGAGAGGCCUGUGACGAUAACAAUGCUAUAAUUAGCGACGGAUGCACUAAUUGUCAGAUUGAUACUGGAUACACAUGAGUUGGAGCUCCUUCAGUUUGAACCAACACAUACAGUUGAGGGAAUGGAGUGCUUCAAGCUGGCGAAGCCUGAGACGAUGGGAAUAAUCUUCCCUAUGAUGGAUGUGACCCCUAUUGACAGAUCACCCCUGGAUAUACGUGCGACGGAGGGAGCCCCUCCGUCUGCACUGAGAUCUGAGGUGAUGGCAAACAAAUGGGCAACUACGCCUGUGACGACGGGAAUAAUUUAUACGAAGAUGGCUGAGACCCUAACUGUGAAGUCUACUUCGGAUUCAAAUGUAGUGGUGGAGGUUCAGAGACCCCAGACCAGUGCUUCGAAAUCCUUAAUGACGGCCACGACUUUGGAUGGUACGGCUGUGAUCAUGGCCAAUUCGAUGUCUGUGAUGGCUGCGAUCAAUAUGGAAGAAUUGAACCAGGAUACCAGUGCAACAUUGGAAGGCCAGAUCGACCUGAUGUUUGCUGGCCCACUUGUGGAGAUGGAAGAAGAGUCUGUCCUGAAGCAUGUGAUGACGGAAAUAAUGCAAACGGAGAUGGCUGCACAGCCAAUUGAGUAGUUGAAGCAGGCUACUCAUGAGCUGGUGGCAACUACUGGAGAGCAGAUUACUGUUACGAAAUUUGAGGAGAUGGUCUUGAUAUCGGGCACUACGAUUGUGAUGAUGGAAACCUGGUUAACGGAGAUGGAUGUGAUGACUCCUGAGUUAUUGAACUUGGAUACACCUGAGUAGGAGGUACAGCAGCAAACGAAGAUACUUGAACAGAAAUUUGAGGAGAUGGUAUUGAUUUAUUUAACUAUGAAUGUGAUGAUGGUAAUACCAUUCCAGGAGAUGGCUGAGAUGCUAAUUGAAAUAUCGAACCCGGAUGGGAUUGCCAAUAUGGAACUAGGGAUUGGCAUGAUGAAUGUUGGCAUUGGCAUAAUAAUCCUGCUAUCACUGGUGCGACAAUCAAUAAUGAUUCAGUUGUCACAAUUACCUUCAAUGUAUCGGUAUCUUUGCCCAUUACAUGGGUAGAUACUGCAGAUCUUAUAGUUGAAGUCCAUGGGCCAAGAACAGAAGAAAACUACUACCUCACAUCACAUUAUUCUCUUGUAAACAAGAGUACUCACUUGAUGACUCCAAACUCGGCUUCUCAAUGGGAGUUAGAUAUAGCUUUUAGCCCUCAUAUUCAAUUCUUAGGAGACGGUGUUGAAAACGUCACUAUCUCUGUGGUAGACCGGAAACAAGUAUUGCACUAUGCGUACGGCUUUGUGCUGAUUAACAAAAAUGCAAAUGCAAAGUUGAAACAUCCUACAGAGAACGACAGGACAUGAGGUAUGGAAGGCUGGUGGAAAGUGGCUUAUUGGCUCUACAUCUCCCUUGUUAUCAACAACUUUACGUUCUUCAUCCUCGGAGCAAGUUUGUGGCAUACCAUUGGGAUUACAAUGUCUUUACAGAUGAUUAUAUAUUACCCAAUGAUGCACAGUUAUCCUCCUUCUUGCUUGUCAAGAUUCUUUAAAGAUUUCCAAGUCACGAUAGGCAAGAUGGAGUGGUUUGACAUUCGAAAGUUCUUACUUGGAACUGAAGAAGCAGACCUCGUCAAAGACGGAACUACAAAUUAUCGAUUCGAGAGACAAGGAUUUAUCAGAUAUAAUAUGCUGUAUAAUGCAAUCGAGCUCUUGUUUAUCUACGCAGUAGCACUGGUUGCUUGAGUACUAGUCUUCCUCUUCAGAAUCCUUUGAUGGGGAAAUGUAACUAUCAUUGCCUAUGAGAAUAGAUUCAGAUGGGAGAUUGUAGUCAAAGGAUUCAUUCUUAUUUAUCAACAUGUGAUGACUUGAUGUCUUCUCAACAUGAUUCACCCAGACUUCUCGCCCAAAAUUUACACUGCUGGGACUAUUAUAGCACAGAUACUAUUCGCUAUUUUGUUGGGUGUUUACAUCUUAAUAGCUAUUUUAUUGUUGUAUUAUAAGACUCUAAGUCCAUUAGCAAAGGAACUUUGGUACUUGAAAGGAUUGCUUAGAGAUAUUGAUACUUCACAUGUAUCAAAGUAUAUUUACUACAUCAUUUAUCUAAUGAAGAAAACUAUAUUUGCAUUUACUUUUGCUUUUGCACACGACUGGGGGCUGGUUCCUUUCAACAUAAUUGCUGUAUUUGUAAUUUUCUUACCCCUAAUGUACUUGGCCUAUGUCCGGCCUUUCACGCACAGGCUGACUAAUAUACAUAUGAUUUAUAAUGAGAUGAAUGAAUUAUUGAUCACAUCAAUGAUGUUCAACUACUUUGACCCUCAUUUAACAGACUGGGAGUUCUACAUGUAUGCAAGGAUCACCGUGAUUGACAUUGCAGUGUGGGUGGUAGUGUCCUACAUAAUUUACAUCCUCUCACUUCCUCGGUUCUGUAGGAUAAAAUGCCCAAAGAGAAAGCCGAAGUUGUAUUUGCCAGAGUAUGAAGAGGAGAUUCAGCAAGAGCUUGAUUCUCCUCUUAGCAGUGAGCAUGACUUCGUCAUUGAAGCAGCACAUGUUGACGUUAAGGAAGCUAAUAGAAGGCUGGAUAGUUUCUCAAGCGAUGAAAAUGACGAGGCUGAGAGAGAAGUCGUUGAUGACGAUCUUGAUGAGGAGCUUGAAGACCUGGAGAGAGAAGAUAAUGCAGCAGAUUAAGGUUUCAAGCAAUAUUCAUAUUUUAAGUUCAAU